UCUUGACAUGAAAAAUGACACGCGUAAAAUAUUUAAUCACUUACGUUUUAGUAUGAAUAACUUACAAAGACAUUUGAUAGAAAUUAAUAUGAUAUUUAUUUCUAAGAGAUUCCAACUAGUAUUCUUACAUUUCGUCGAUCGAAUAGAGAUGCAAGAAUAGAAAAUGCGCACGCGUUUGCGAAUAAUGGAAACUUGUAACGGGUGGCUCCCCUGAGUGAUCCAAAGAAAGAGGGGUAUAAUGUUGAAUUCGUUUCUAACGAGAUUUAUUAAGGAAUGUGAUAUCACUUCAAUUAUAUAUGAAUUAAUUUGGUAAGAAAUAUUUUUAACUAAUUAAUUAAUUGUCAAAUUGACAUCUCGAUACAAAAAAUCUAAAAGUAUUUGAAUUAUUAAACGAAUGAUAAAAUACGUAUUAAUGGUCAAAGUCUGUUCGUUAAAUCCUUAACCGGUUGAGUGAGAAUAUUUAUUUGAUUCGAUCGAUUUGAUAUAUACGUUUAUAUAGCUGAACACAAUGGAAGCUUUAAUACCAGUAAUAAAUAAAUUACAAGAUGUAUUUAAUACUGUUGGUGCAGAUGCUAUUCAGCUUCCACAAAUAGUUGUCUUGGGAACUCAGAGUUCUGGCAAGUCAUCUGUAAUAGAAAAUAUAGUAGGCCGUUCGUUCCUUCCUAGAGGAACAGGUAUAGUAACUCGUCGACCAUUGAUACUACAACUUAUAUAUACACCAAAGGAAGAUAAAGAACACCGUAGUGCAGAAAAUGGAACAAUGGAUUUGGAAGAGUGGGGUACAUUCCUACAUAAAAAAAAUAAGAUCUUUAGAAAUUUUGAUGAUAUACGUAGUGAAAUUGAAGCAGAGACAGAUCGUACAGCUGGAUCAAAUAAAGGAAUUUGUCCUGAACCAAUCAAUCUUAAAAUCUUUUCAACUUCAGUCGUUAAUUUGACGCUUAUAGAUUUGCCUGGUAUUACAAAAGUGCCAGUAGGAGAUCAACCUGAAGAUAUUGAAAAUCAAAUUCGUCAACUUGUAUUGGAAUACAUAUGUAAUCCUAAUUCCAUCAUUUUAGCAGUUGUCACUGCUAAUACAGAUAUGGCCACAAGUGAAAGUUUGAAACUUAGUAAAGAUGUAGAUCCGGAUGGCAGGCGUACUCUUGCUGUUGUUACAAAAUUAGAUCUUAUGGAUGCAGGAACAGACGCGAUAGAUAUAUUGUGCGGUAGAGUAAUUCCUGUUAAAUUAGGAAUCAUUGGUGUAGUUAAUCGUUCGCAACAGGACAUAAUAAGUAAUAAAAGUAUUCAAGAUGCAUUAAAGGACGAAGCUAUAUUUUUACAACGCAAAUAUCCAACGUUAGCAAAUAGAAAUGGUACACCUUAUUUAGCUAAAAUGUUGAAUCGAUUAUUAAUGCAUCAUAUACGUGAUUGUUUGCCAGAAUUGAAGACAAGAGUUAACGUUAUGGUAUCACAAUUUCAAACAUUACUCUCUUCUUAUGGUGAAGAUGUCGGGGAUAAAAGUCAAACUUUAUUGCAAAUUAUUACAAAAUUUGCAAGCAGUUAUUGUUCUACCAUCGAGGGAACUGCUAGAAAUAUUGAAACUACCGAGUUAUGUGGCGGUGCACGGAUAUGUUAUAUAUUUCAUGAAACAUUUGGCAAAACCCUUGACUCUAUCCAUCCACUUGCUGGUUUAACUAAGUUCGAUAUUUUAACUGCCAUACGAAAUGCAACCGGCCCAAGACCAGCACUUUUUGUACCCGAGGUGUCCUUUGAAUUAUUAGUUAAAAGACAAAUAAGAAGGCUGGAAGAACCCUCUUUACGAUGUGUAGAACUUGUACAUGAAGAAAUGCAAAGCAUUGUACAACAUUGUGGUACCGAAGUACAACAAGAAAUGUUACGAUUUCCUAAAUUACAUGAAAGAAUUGUUGACGUUGUUACACAUUUAUUACGAAGACGUCUCCCUACUACUAAUCAGAUGGUAGAAAAUUUGGUUGCUAUAGAAUUAGCAUAUAUUAAUACUAAACAUCCAGAUUUUCAUAAGGAUGCAGCAUUUGUGUCUUCGUUAUUAAAAAAUGCAGAUCUAGAUAAUAUUAAACAUAAUAGAAAAUUACCUUCUAUUAGUAACAACUCUACAUCUGCUGUUGCGAUACCUACAGAAACUAAUGCAAAAUUGACCAACAGUCAAGAUGAGUUGACAUCUUUUUCUGAGCAGAAUAAAAAGAUGCAUGCGCAACAAAAUCAUUGGUUACUGAGUAAUAUAUUACCGCAAGAAAGAACAGAAUCUAUUACUUCUGCUGAAGGAUCUCCGAGUAGAAAUUCAGGAAAUAUUUCUCCUCAGCCAAAUGUAAUGCUCGAGAUACAAAGAUCAUCGCCACAACAAAAGCCGGUUAAUUUACUUCCUGAAGUGCCAAUGCAAAUUCAACGUAAAUUAAGUGAACGGGAGCAACGAGACUGUGAUGUUAUCGAGCGACUUAUCAAAUCAUACUUUUAUAUCGUACGUAAAUCUAUACAAGACAGCGUACCCAAAGCAGUAAUGCAUUUCCUAGUCAACUAUGUAAAGGAUAAUUUACAAAGUGAACUUGUAACUCAUUUAUAUAAAUCCGAUCAGGCUGAAGCCUUGUUGAAUGAAAGUGAACAUAUUGCUAUUAGACGAAAAGAAGCAAGUGACAUGUUAAAGGCAUUGACUCAAGCGGGUCAUAUUAUCAGCGAAAUUCGUGAAACGCACAUGUGGUAAUAAUUCAAUUAAUAAAAACCACAAUAGCAUCAGAUCAUAGAUUAAAAUAGGUAUUAUUAUUGUGUUUGGAUAGAUAAGUCAAUGAAUGCAAUUAUGUAUAUGCUGAAACACUGUACAAAAUUUUUAUUCUUCAUGCAAACGAAACUUUUAGAACAAUGAAGUAAUAAUUUUUGUCAUCCCAGGCAAUUACACUAAGUUUUAAUGUAUGAUAAGGAUAAAUCAUGCACUACUUUGUUGUAUAUACAUCUGGGAUUGUUUAAAUACCAUAAAAUGGAAAUAUUGCAUUUAAUAUUAUCAAUGUUAUGAGAUGUCAAGCAUGUACUAACAAACGAAAGUUAUGCGUUUUUCCAUUUUUUUAGUAAUUUAGUACAGUAUUAUCACACAAUGAUUGCACAACAACAAUUGAAUAUUAAAUCGCCGGAAAUACAUGAGGCUAUAUGGUAUAAAAUUUGAAAUUUUUCUUUUAGAACAGUUUUUCUUUUUUAAGAUGAUUGUAAAUGAAUGAUAAUUUCUCCAUUUAUUUAUUUAUCUUUAACUGUAUAUUUUUUUUCUCUUUUUUUUUUUUUUUUUUUUUUUUUUUUUUUUUUUUUCUUUUCUUUCUUCCUUUAGAUUACACCUUUUUAUUUCUUUACAUAUUUUAUCAUUAUUUAUGAGACAUAUAAUAUGAACAAUCGGAUAAAGAUAAAAUAGAGAAAAUAUUAAGAAACUUAUUUCACAAAAUCAACAAUUGUCUUGUAGAUAAUAUCUAGAUUUUAAGAUUGAAUAUGAUAUGUAAAAAAAAAAAAAGAAAAAGAAAAAGAAAAAUCAUACAAGAAUUAGUUCUAUAUUAAUUUAUAGAAAUGCAACCAAAGAAAUUAUAACAUUGAAUGAGGCAUUGCUGUGUUUUGAUAGACUCUAUGUUAGGUUCUUCCAAAAAUCUUUCAACUAAGUCUAUAUGAUCUAAUAAUUGAUUUAAUGCUUCUUUAUAGCAACCUUGAUACAUUUUAGAAAUUGCAUUUACUCUCCUUUCGAUAGAUCUGCUAAGUUGCUUAUUUAAUUUCCCAUAGUCUAAUUUUUCAUUACAUUGCGAACAAUGUUUAAUUUUAUGCAUGCUGUUUUUUAUCUCGUUAAAUGAAUAACCAGUUUUAAAACAUGUUUUGCAUUUAUAAUUAAGAGUAUCUUGCAAUGGGAAUUGCCAAUUAUAUUUGCAAGCAUCGCAUUCGCAAACAAAAUUAUAUUUUUUCCACAAAUACUCGCGCCUUGCCAACUUCUCUUCAUUAAGAAAUUGUGGACCGUAACAAUCAAGUAUCUCAUUACCUUUACCAAUGCAACGUAAUGCUCUUACAACAACUUUUCCUAUAAAAGGAUAUAUUUCUUAAUUGUUUGUCAGUACAGUGCAUAUAUUUAAUUCUAAUUAAAUAUGAAAUUGAAUAUAAUAUAAUAUAAUAUGUAUAUAUAUAUUUAUAUAUAUAUAUAUAUAUAUAUAUAUAUAUAUAUAUAUAUAUAUAUAUAUCACUUACCAGAUGGAUAAGAAUGUCGAACUAUAUUAGGAUAACAGCUAUGAUUUGUAAGACUGACUGUGGUGUAAAUAGCACAUCCUACAUUUCUUGGUUCCCAAACGUGCGUUAUUCCAUUGUAUAUGUUUUCAAUAAUUUCAUAAGCAUUACAAUUAAUAGCUUGCAAAUGUUGCAACGUAGCCGUCGCUAAAGUAAUGAAUUUUUCAUUAUCCAAUGAAUCAAUUCCAAUUUCAUCCAAGGAAAAAAUUAAACAUUUGGCUAUAAACACUGCUUCUAUACUACAAAUAGCAUUUACAUUAGGAUCUACAUUCGUACAAUUUGUUUCUAAUUGUAAAACAGUUGUGUAAUCUAAUGGAUCAUAUAUUUUAUUUGUAUUUGAUAUAACAGUGUGUUUUUCUUUCGACUGAUGUUGCUUGAAAAAUUCUGUAUUAAGAUUGGAUGGUUUGUGCUUUGUUUCCGUAUCAUUAUAUUUUUUCUCAUUUGGAUAUAAAACUGCAAUCAAGGUAGUUCUAUAAGCCAACAAAAGAUGGGAUAAUUUAUUUUUUCUUUGAUUAAAUCCUUCUUCUAAGAAAAGAUUUAAUAUCAUGCAUUCAUAUUUAUGAUACAUCUCCCAUGACUCCUUGCGACAAGUUUCUGUGCAAUAAGAAACCUAAAAAGAAAGUAUAUUUCCGGAAUAUGGAUGCAGCGCUGAACUUCAUAAUGAUAUAAAGAGGGGUAAAAAAAAAAAAAGUUAAUUAUUGAAUUAUUUAUCACUCUUGUGCACACACAAGAUCAUGCAUAAUACUAACUGUUUGACACAUACGGCAAGGAAUUCUAACAUUGUCUUCCAAUUUAAGGGAACUGUAACAAUGCAAGCAAUUCCUAUCAAGUGCCUCUUUAUCUAUGCUGGAGGAGAAGGGCUGAUCGACGAUUAGAAUACUUCCUGCGCAAAUAUCUCUGGUUGCUACAAGAUGCCUGCCUCUGUUAUUGUCAAAUUGAAAUGCUACCGCAUCGGAACAACUUUUCAAACUGCUGUUUAACUUUCCAUGCACAG